UUACUUGGCAAAACUUACUUAACUUGGCAUCAAAAUGUGUAUUUAUUGCAGUGCAGCAAGAUAGGAUAAUAUAUACUCACAAAUAUGUUUUGCACUCACAAAUUCAUGUUUUUGCAGCCUGUGAAUUAACGACUAUGUAUGAACAUGCUUCAAUCCUUUAAUAAGUGUAUGUUUGUCCAUCAAAUUACAGAAUUAAUGUGUCACCAUCUCUUUCAACGAUGCCAGGUAGUCAUCUUGGUUUUCUCAUCCUCUGAGAUGAAUUUAAUAAGACAAUGAAUGAAGCAGUGAGCAGAGUGAGAGUAGAUUCGAGUUUGGGACUAGUAGGCCUGUGUUUGUACAUGUGGAAACUGAAACGCAGACACCUCAGUUCUCUCUCAUAUUGUGUCCUUUAGUGUGUUAAUUUUGUGUGCAGACAAAGCUCCGAAUGAACAGCUCCUUUAUGAGAUUAAGAGCUUUCACUCGCACGCUGACAAGGUUGAUAUUUAGAGAACAGGAGUGUUCAACCUCAUGCUAAUCUUAUCUUUAUGAAAAUGGAAGGUUGAGGUUAUUGGCUCCCUUAGGUUAAAGGGCUCAGAGUAGGGGUCAGGAUGGUACUGACCUACUGAGUUCCUGUGAUGGACCUAUGCACCUGGUCUCCAGGAGUGAGAAUCUGACUGGCAAACCCCACUCUGGCAUCAGCAAGCUCACGUUGAACCCUAGCCACGACAUGCAUCCAAAUGAAACAAAUGACUCCUCACAGGUGUGUGUGUGUGUGUGUGGGGGGGUCUCUCACCAAGGAAUUUGUGCAGUAGACACUAACAGGUCGUACAUAUUCUGCUUGUCAAAACUGACUGGCAGACACUCAGGUGAAUUCCUGCUGAGCCGUGAUGAGCCUAUUCAGUGUAUCAGCAUUCACUAACAGCAUUACAUUAAUAAUGUGUCCUUGGAACGGUUUCUUCCUAAAUUAAUUAAAUGGAUUUGUCAAAGUCCUCUAUUGGAUUAUUCUCGAUGAUGUAACCUAUACCAGUGUAUAGUUGCUCUUAGUUGGGAUGUUCGAGGCAAUUUCAUCUCUACAAGUACUGCUUGUGUUGGGGAGAGAAUGUGUUUUCAUGAAGGUCAAUUUUCUUCUGAACACAGCUGACAUUCCCAUUCCACCAUGGUAUGGCCAGUGUCAGGUCAAUUGGCAUGCUGCGGGGCUGAUUGGAUUAACUAAAUGACGAGGGCUUUUCAGCUGGCGUGAGAGGAAGCAUGAACGUCACCACACCUCACACCAUUGUGUAAAAUCCCUCGAAGAAUGUUCUCCGCCUUGACAGUCCCCCCGCCUGCCCCUCUGGCCCCAGGAAUCACUUCUGUCAUUCCAUCUUAUUCAGGAUCCGUUCCCAUGGAUCACCGCGUACUACAGAAAGCCUCUCAAGGAUCCAAUGCCCAGCCGUGCACAGAGGUUCACCAACACCAACACACACAUCAGCACACACACCAGUCUACCUUCGCUCCUCUGUUUCACCCUCCAUCUGUCAUCCUGCCUACUCCCAUUCCGCCAAUGCUGGGAACCAUGGCCGGAAAUUUCAACGAAUCCCCAGCCAAGGUUGAUCCAUUCUUGAGACACAGUUUGUUUCAGCCCUAUGGAGAGGUGAUGCCUAGGCUGGCCCCCCUGUGUGGCCCCCACACAGGCCCCUUCAGCUCCCUUGAGGGGGCCUUCCAGCCAAAGCCUCUGUCUUCAAAUAUACCACAGUCUCAAUGGAAGAAACCAGGGAGAUGGUGUGCAAUGCAUGCCCGCAUUGCAUGGAAAGUCCAUCACCACAAAGAGUCAACUAAGAAGAUGCAAGUAGAAGCUAAAAAAAUUGACUCGAAUGAGAAACCUUCCCGAGAGCUUUCUGGGAAACUUAAACAUCUCGUUCAACCGUUCAUCUCCAGCCCAGAGUCUUCCAGUGAACAGUCAUCCCUGAGCGAUUUCGGGAGUGAGAGUGUAAUCCCUUUUGGAGCACCAACAAACACAGCCCAAAACAACAGGGAUCUCCGCAAUGGCCAGCCCCCUGGCAUAGCAGUCCCCUCGCCUCGCUUCACACACUCAGACCCAAACAAGGACCCUAACACUAUGGACAGAUCUUGGGUCCCUGAAUGUGGUCGUGGCUGGGACUCGAGCACAAGGAAGAGGGAGCUUGAGCGGGAGAACCAAAUCAAAGUCAAGAAGGUGAAGAGGGUAGAUGGAGACAGAGAGAACGUGCAAGAGGAGGAUUCCAAUGAGGGCGCUCGACCACAGAGACCAAGAGACACAUCGUUCUCUUCUCCGGUUCGACAAAUGCCAUCCUUCCACGCCCCGUCCGUUCAUCCAAUUGCCAUUAGGAGUAUCAGACCAGGCUCGCACACUCUCAGUGGUGGAUACAAUUUGAGUAGGACUCAUAACACUCCGCCUAAUGAACUCGCUCCCUACCAAGGAGCAGAGAAGCCCUACAGAGCUGCUCCAGGGGCACCUCUGAGGGCGCCAGUUUGGGACAUGUACCAAGGGAUGGAUUUCCCCCCUCAUCCUGACAUUGUGAUGAGAGGGGAACAUCUGCACUCUGGGAUAGGGUCCCAGCAGCUGUCAGCAGGCUGGGCGCAGAGAAACAGUGAGACUUACCAGGGCUUCACACAGACCUCCAUUCACUCCUCACUGGCCCUGAUGCAGCAGGAGAGGACCUUCCUCAAAGAGCGGGAGAACCUGCACAUGCUCAGAGAAAACGACUAUCACCGAUACAGUCCUCUUCAACCCCUCCACUCUGCUGCCGUGAACUCUCACCUGCCUUCCCCCAGUCUCCUGACCUCUCCUUAUUCCGCGUCUCAGAUGUGCCAGAUGGGACUGCCACAGACUUACCAAGGCGGCCACAUUCACCCUCUUCACCCCCCUGUGCCAUUGGGUACACAUUACCCCCUCGCCUCCUUCUCUGGCACCCCCCACAGAACCACAUCUGUUGUUGUAGAUGUUGGUAAAUCCCACUCCAUCAUGCUAAUAGACCCCAAUAAGCAAUGGACCCAAUGAGCAAUACUGUGAAGGCUACAGCAAUCAUAGUAAAUGACUCGUGUGCUGAAAAAAACUUUAUUUCCAACUGUACAUUCAUGACCAUUUAAUGUAACGUGUGUGUAUACAAUGAGUGUGUAUACCCCUGAAUGAUAGAUGUUUGUUCUUAGGCUUGUUGAAGUGUACAGAAACGGAAUGUAAAAACAUAACAGAUAAAUUGGUAAAGAUAAAGUAUACAAGCAUACAACCUGAAACUCAACAUUACUAGUAAUGUCAGACAUCUGUUAUCAUGAAUCUAAUUAUGUACAACUGGCAACCAACCUAGAAAUAUGAA